GACCGUGUCAUACUCGCCAAUGGUCUAUUCUGCCAACACGAAGGAGGCGCACGAACAGCAUUAUUAGAUUUCUAGGUCUUCUGCCUCUCUCGCGGAGAUCUCUGUGCAGAGAUCGAUCAUAGAUCACUUAGCCAGCAAUCGCAAGCCAGGACUCGAUACUUCGCGAGAUUUUUUUCUUCGGGACAUCGAUCGAUCGCGAUGGCACAAAGGAAUAGAGCUGGGUCUCACGUCCCGCGAUUUGGGAAUUGGGAUCCCAACGAUCACGCGCCCUACACCAAGGUGUUCGAGUCGGCCAGAGCUGGAAGAGGCGGCCGAUUGAUCAACCCAAAUGAUCCAUCCGAGAACCCAGAAGCAUUUGGAGCGUUUCCUCCACCGCCUGCCACUGUUGCCCCAAAAUCGCCCCAUCGCCAAGAACAGCACCAGCAUCAACAAGACAAUCCGACGGAUCCAGCGCGAAGAUCGCGCACGGAGCAGCGAAUUGGCAGCAGGGAGGACGGGGAAUUCAAGAAAUACAUGGAAUCGCCCGCGCGCUACCGGCAAUCACCUGCUAUGGUGGGAAGAACUCCAUCCUCGUCCUCCGAUAGCAACCGGCGCUACAAUGGAUCAGACAUCCAUCGAUCGCCGCUCCAUCCGCAAGCCAAGAUUCCCGAGAGGAACGCGCCUGCAUUGCCCAAAUUCGGGGACUGGGACCCCAAGGAUCCAUCGUCGGGAGAGGGCUUCACGACAAUCUUUAACAAUGCGAGGAACGAGCGGCAGCCGGGAAGAAUUCAACAGGACAGUGCUCCGGAUCAUCAGCAGCAGGGCUAUGGACGAGGAGGAGGACAUCCCGGUCGCAAGCAGCAAAGCAACUGGUUUUGCUGCUUUGGCUGAUUGAUCCAUGGCGACAGACACUGAAAACUAUAGUGCUACCAUUUUUGUGAUUGAUAGAAAGAGACCAUUGUUGCCAAAAGACCAUAAGAAAGGUAUGUACACAAAACAUAAAAGGAAGAGAUUUUUUUAAUGCAAAGCUUAGAAGAGGUUUCGCCGA